CCAAACCCCUCUCCAAACCCCGCUCCGAGCCCGCCGGGAGCUGCCGGGAGGCCCCUGGCGAUGGACGGGGAAGCCGCCGCUGGCUCGCAGAAGUCAGAGCCCACCCAGAGCCUGGAACAGCUCCGGGAGGAGCUGCGGAAAGCCAAGAAUGACCACAACAUGGCCACAGGUGCCAUCUCCUCCUUGCAAAGACAACUGGAAAUCCAGGAAUCUGAGCUUCGGAGACUCAGAUACGAAAAUGAAACGCUUCAGAAGCAGCUCAGAGAGCAAGAGGACCAGCUCCAAGCCAUGUCUGACAAGUUUUGCAGCCUUACAGAGGAACAGAGGAAGGAAGAAGUGACAGUGAUGAUAGAGGAGGAGAACCACAGUCUUCGACAGGUUGUGACAGAACAGGAAUCCCAGCUGGCUAAGCAGAACGAGCAGAUCAGUGAGUUAGAGGGGACAAUCAGACAGCUACGGGUCGAGGUUGUGACCAGCCGCCGCCACGCCCAGGAGCACAAACAGGCCCAGGAGGAGACCAAGAGCCAGCUUGAGGCACUGCAGCACAAGGAGGUGCAAACCAAAGUGGCACUGGAACGCAUCAGCAGCAAGUUUGAAAGGUUACGAAGCAAAAUCAUCCAGGCUGCGUUCAGUGUGGAGGGCCAGGACCCCCCCCAGGCCGAGCUCACGGAGGAGCAGGUGCUGGAGGCAAUGCAGAGGGUUGCUGAUGAACGGAUGGAGUUCUAUAAGAUGCUGAAGGAGAGAGGGAUCAAGGUGCCUCUGUACUACAGCAACAUUUACCCUGAAUCACCUCCCAAGAGGAAGAGUUCUCCCUGAAUGGCAAAGCUGCCCUGAUGGCUGAGCCAGAAACCACCACCAACUUCAGGCUCUGGGUCCUUGGCUCUGAGCUGGUGACCUGCAACAAAUUAAACUCAUUUUACUGAAAUCGAGUGCUGCAGGAGUAUCUGAUUCAAUUGUUUCAGCAGGUCACUGUAAGUCCUUGGUCUGUAGAAACACUUGACUUCCCAGGGAAGCCCGAAGUGCAAGCACUGGUUGGCUACAAGCAGCUGGGAAGUGUGAAAUUCCAGUUUUUGAAGUGCACAGCAGCUGCUUUGGGAAGUUUGUAAGUGAGGUGACUGAACAUUCACCAAUGCCAAAAUGAGGGACAGUGCCAUGACUGCAAGUACUGUUUUAUUUUUCCAUUCCAUAUGCAAGUCCCAGCAUAGGGAUGUAUUUGACACGGUAUCAGUUCAGUCAGAGCUCCGAGAGUAUCAUUUUUAAGAGAAAA